AUGGAGGGCGGCCACAACGACUUCCUCGUCUUCUACAACGACCGGCCGGUGGCUGCCGGCCGCCGUGGAGGGAAGCUGCUCACCGACGACCAGCUACGCGAGUAUGGCCUGCCACGGCCCAACGGCCCCGAUACAUCGGGCGGCUCCCUCAACGUGUCCCUGGUCAAGGCCACCGAAGCCUCCUACUUUGCUCUGCAGGUCCUCUUGCCCCUGUCCCGCAUGCGGCUCUACGGCUUCGCGGUCUACAUCGACAACGCCACAGCCGCCACCUCCGAGCUGCUCAUCAUGCCGUCGGCGGCCCAGGAUCGUGCUGUCGCCCGCCGACGAAUCGAGUUCUUCAGCGACAGUGACAGCAAUGGAUUUGGGAUUGAGGGAGCGGACUCGUGGACGUGCCUGAUGGGGCUGGAGACAUACGAGAACUGCUGGGAGGGCUACGCGGCGACGGUGAGCCGGUGGCUGGGCGCGGACUACCACAUCGAGGCCUGGUCGGGCAAGGGCGUCGUCAAGAACGCCAUCUCCCUCUUCGAGACCAGCGAGGACCCCAUGCCCCUGUACUGGCCGCGCGCCAUCGCCACCGACCCCGCGAGCCGCUGGAACUUCACCCUCUGGCUGCCCGACCUCGUAGUCAUCCUGCUUGGUACGAACGACUACUACGCGUGGCCGUACCCAUCGGACGAGCAGUUCGUGGACGGGUACGUGCGCAUGGUGGAGACCGUAUUAGCGGCCUACAAGUCGACAACGGCGUCCGGCGCGCCGUUGACUGUCAUCGCCUUGUGCGGCGGCACCACCGAAAACGACCGCGCGCCGUGCCCGCGGGUCCAGCAAGCUGUCAAGCGGCUCCUUGCAAGCCCGGAUAAGAACGUCGCGCGAGCGCGGAUUGCCUAUGUGGAGAUCCCGACCACACUGCUGGCCUACCCCGAGGACUACGGCUGCCUGGACCAUCGCAACGUCGUGGGUCAGCGCAAGCUCGCCUCCUACCUGCUCGGUCAGGUGCGGCCCAUCAUGAACUGGUAA